AUGGACCAGACGUGCGUAAUUUGCAAAAGUGCGACCUACCACUACCACGACGUGCUUGUAUCGAGCCUGCGCAAGCAGUUUUGGCAGAUGAUCCCAAUGCGCUCCUUCAUGUGGGGCGACUGGCGCACACUCGACUACGAAACCAACGAAAACAUCCCACUGCUGGCGUGCAUGCGGAUCCAGGGCGAAGUCAUGAAAAGCAUCAUAUUCCACGAGCACACGACCACGUACAGCCCGUCCAACAAGUACAUUGCACUGUUUCUGAAAAACUACGUCGCCAGGAUCGAAAGCCUCGACCACUAUGAGCUAAAUGACGAGCUGAUGGAGUUUUAUGUGUCGUUGGCGGCGACUACGGACAUGUCGCCCAUGGUCUCGGGGUUCUGCUACAAGACAUAUGCGCUGGAUGAGGAGCAGUACACGAGGAUUGUGCUGAAGGAGGAGCAGAUGAUGAUUUCGCAGGGAACAACGGGGCUGCAGUCGUGGGAGGCGAGCCUGCGGCUGGCGGAUUUCUUUGUCGAGCACCCAGACAUUGUGCGAGGAAUGCAUGUGCUCGAGCUCGGCGCUGGGUGUGGAUUGGCAGGAUUCACAUGUGCGGCGUUGGGAGCGACGCAUGUCAUGUCGACGGACUGUAAUGGGGACGUAUUGAAGCUGCUUGAAAGCAACAAGGCGCAGAACCCUACGUACAAGGACAGGCUUCAGAUUGCGGAGCUUGAUUGGCAAAACACAAACGACUGCGCGAAGCUGUCUAACGGCGUUGAUGUCAUUAUUGGCGCAGAUAUCACAUAUGACCCAACGAUUGUGCCGAUGUUGGUUGGAGCACUCGAGGAAAUACUCGUAUCGUCGCAGCAAGUUGCGUAUAUUACGGCGACUAUUAGGAAUGAGGAGACAUUCGACCUGUUUCUCAAGCUUAUUGACGACACGGGUGUGCUGGGCAAGUCAGUCAUGGACCUGACCGACUCCAAAAUGGAGUCGCUGUGCCAUCCGAAUGCGACGGCAGAGAUCCGCCUGGUUCUUGUUACGCGCAAGUGA